AUGAGGGAAAAGGAAGAUAUCGAACACAUGAAGGCUGAGAUGAAAGUACAGAAAGAAAUGGGAAAAGAUGAGGUGGAAGCCACCAUGGCUCAAGCUGUGACACAGAAGGAAAUGGUGGAAGUCAUGAUGGAGGAUCUGGAGAAGCAGAAAGACAAAAUGGCUGUCAUUAAGGCUGACCUGCAGAAAGACAAAGAAGAAAUGGAACAAAGCAGGGAGGAGAUGAAGAGAGAGCAAGAUGACUUGGAAAAAGAAAAGGCUGAGCUAAAGGAAAUGGUGGAACUCAUGAUGGAGGAUCUGGAGAAGCAGAAAGACAAAAUGGCUGUCAUUAAGGCUGACUUGCAGAAAGACAAAGAAGAAAUGGAACAAAGCAGGGAGGAGAUGAAGAGAGAGCAAGAUGAAUUGGAAACAAUCAAAGAGGUGAUAAUGAGGGAAAAGGAAGAUAUCGAACAAAUGAAGGCUGAGAUGAAAUCAUGA